UUCAUUCUUCUUUCUACUAUUUUAUAUCUCUCAAACAAUUAUUUUUCAAGUGCUGACUUAUUGCUUGGCCUAAUAAUUUUUGUUGGCCUUUUAUUUCUUGGCACAUUUGCUUGAAGUUGUGAGAUUUCAAAGACAAAAACAUCAGAAAAUAUGAAGCUCCUAUCGAAGAAAGUGAUGUGUAACUCGCACGGACAAGAUUCUUCAUACUUCCUAGGAUGGCAAGAGUACGAGAAGAACCCAUACGAUGAAACUCGGAAUCCUAAAGGAAUAAUCCAGAUGGGUCUUGCAGAGAAUCAGCUCUCUUUCGAUUUACUAGAGUCAUGGCUUGCUCAAAACCCAGAUGCAGCUGGAUUUAAGAGAAACGGAGAGUCAAUAUUUAGAGAGCUUGCCCUAUUUCAAGAUUAUCACGGCCUUCCAGCUUUCAAAAACGCAUUGGCUCAAUUCAUGGCAGAAAUAAGAGGGAACAAAGUGAGCUUUGAUUCAAACAAGCUUGUACUAACAGCCGGCGCUACUUCUGCAAAUGAGACACUCAUGUUUUGUCUCGCCGACCAUGGCGAUGCUUUUCUCCUUCCUACUCCAUACUACCCUGGAUUUGACAGAGAUCUAAAAUGGAGAACGGGGGCUGAGAUUGUGCCAAUAGAAUGCACGAGUUCUAAUGGCUUUAGAAUAACAGAAUCCGCUCUUGAAGAAGCUUACCAAGAAGCCAAAAGACGAAACCUUAGAGUUAAAGGAGUUCUUGUGACAAACCCUUCAAACCCAUUGGGCACAACAUUAAGCAAUCAAGAAAUUCAACUCCUUUUAACCUUCAUUUCUACAAAAAACAUCCAUCUCAUUAGCGAUGAAAUCUAUUCUGGUGCUGUUUUUAACUCGCCUAGCUUCGUUAGUGUCAUGGAAAUACUAAUAGAAAACAACUACAUGAACUCCGAAGUAUGGGAUCGAGUUCACAUUGUCUAUAGCCUUUCAAAAGAUUUAGGUCUCCCAGGGUUUCGAAUUGGUGCCAUUUAUUCCAACGACGAAUUAGUUGUCGCUGCAGCCACAAAAAUGUCCAGUUUCGGAUUAAUUUCAUCCCAAACUCAGUACCUUCUCUCGGCCAUGCUCUCUGACAAAAAAUUCACAAAAAUGUAUAUCUCCGAAAAUCAAAAGAGGCUCAAGAAAAGACAUGAAAUGCUAGUUCAAGGUCUUCAAAAUGCUGGAAUUAGUUGCCUUGAUAGCAAUGCUGGCUUGUUUUGUUGGGUUGACAUGAGACAUCUCUUAAGAUCAAAUACUUUUGAUGAAGAAAUUGAAUUAUGGAAGAAAAUAGUGUACGACGUUGGACUAAAUAUUUCCCCUGGAUCCUCGUGUCAUUGUACAGAACCGGGGUGGUUUCGUGCAUGUUUCGCUAACAUGUCCGAGGAUACGCUAAACCUCGCCAUACAACGUUUGAAGGCUUUUGUUGAUUCUACCAAUAACAACAUCCAAAAUCACCACCAGUCAAGUUUGAGUUCAAAGAAGAAGUCAUUCUCCAAGUGGGUUUUUCGACUAUCCUUUAAUGACGGCCGUCAAAGAGAACGAUAAUCAUGUCUGAACAUUUCCUUGUCUCACAGGCGGAUUAAGAAUCUUGAAUUUACGGUUUCUGAGGGUUCUGUGUAAAUUAUAUAUGUAUACUGAUGGAUUUCUUAACAUAAAUAUAGGAUCUCGGCCAAAAUUAUUGGGUUUUGCCAACCCAUAGCUAGAACGCUAGCCCCGUUGCCUAGAUGAUUUUUUAUCUCAACGUUUAGAUGUUGAGUUUGAUCCCAAAAUCCUUUUGUAUCAUAUUAACACUUUGUGUUUUAUAAUUUUUAAUGUAGAAGGUGCA